CGCAAUUUCUUCAAAUAAAAUGAAGAUUCAAAUAGACCAAUUGACUUCUUCAACUCAAAGCCUUGAAGACUCGGACUAUGUUGGUGCUGUCGUAGUCUUCUUGUGCACAAUAACUUUAGUUAUUUGGCAACCUGGGGGCAUGGGAAUUGGCUGGAGUGCUCUAGGUGGUGCAGCUCUGGCUCUGUUUACGGGAGUUACUGUUCCCAAAAAUAUUGUUACCAUUUUCUCCAUCAUAUGGGACGCAACACUUACCUUUGUAUCGUUGAUAGUUAUAUCUUUAUUGUUGGAUGAGUGUGGGUUCUUUCACUGGACUGCGAUUCUACUAGCAAAAGCAGCUCGUGGGAAGGUCGUAAUCCUAUUUCCGUUGUUAAUAUUGCUAGGAGCUUUUGUAUCUGCUUUUUUUGCCAAUGACGGCACUGCACUGAUACUUACUCCGAUAGUUCUUAAAAUUCUCAACUCUCUUAAUAUGGAAUAUUCCGAGAGAAGAGCUUUCAUAAUGUCUGUUGGUUUCAUUGCCGAUACUUCUAGCCUUCCUUUGAUGAUAUCCAAUCUAGUUAAUAUUGUUAGUUCAAGUUACUUUUCGCUAUCAUUUGGUACUUAUGCAAAAGUGAUGAUUUUUGUGGAUAUUAUUUCUGUAUUGGCUUCAUUAAUAGCUCUAUGGGUAUACUUCUUCCGUGACUUGCCAAAAUCAUAUGAUGCAGACAUUCUCCCUUCGCCUUUAGCAGUAGUUGUUGAUAGGGUUGUUUUCUAUUUGGUAUUCCCCGUUUUAUUCUUGUUAUUAAUAGCAGACUUUGUUACAACAUUGUAUGGUGUUCCCGUUGGGGCAAUUACUGCAUUUGGUGCAGUAAUACUAUUAUUAGCUGCCCUUAGAGUGUACAACAAAUUUCAAGGACGUGUUAUUCCAGUCCUAAAAGUAUUAAGAAAUGCACCAUGGCAUGUAGUUCUUUUCAGUAUUGGAAUGUAUUUAGUGGUUUAUGGAUUACGAAACGCAGGUGUGACGUAUCAGAUUUCGCGCUUUCUUUCCAUUUUAUCAUCACAUGGAAUAAUUGUAUCCAGUUUAGGGACAGGUUUCUUAUCUGCAAUAGUUUCUGCAAUCAUGAACAACCUUCCCAGUGUACUCAUUGUGGCAAUAUCCAUUCAACAGAGCAAUCAAGCCAAUGUUCAUCCUACAAGUUAUCGCGGAAUGAUUUAUGCCAACGUUGUAGGAUGUGACCUGGGUCCAAAGUUCACACCUAUUGGGAGCUUAGCAACUCUUUUAUGGCUGCACGUGUUGGCACAAAAUGAUUUAUAUAUAUCUUGGUGGGACUAUUGUCGUGUUGGAUUUGUACUGACUAUUCCCGUAUUGACCGUUACGUUGGUUUCUCUUGGAGGGUGGUUGUUAGUUAUCAAAUAACAAUAGUUUGGAACGGAGCAUUCGAAGUAGCAAGUUUUCUCAUAUUUCAAAUGUAUUUGAUAUUGACUGGGAGGAUCCUGCUUUGUUCGUUGUCUCAUUGUUGGAGUGUAUUUUUUUACUUGGUACAACUUGAAUUUUUCUAUACGUGAAAAAAUGAAAAAGAACUAGACUAGUAUUUGUAUAUUUUUAUAUACGACAAUAAAAAGACGUGAUUAUGGCUUUUAGUCAUUGAAGAUUCCUCAUAGGAUGACUCUUGGACUAGAAAAAAAAAAUUUUUUUCGUCCAACUUUUUUGGUUUGGCUGUUUAUAUUUACUUGCCCAAAACGUAAUAGUUGAAUGUGUACGAAGGCCAACGUAUCUCACAAGCUCUCUCGAACAGCGUCGUCCCACGUUUCACCACUGCAGUUCGUUUUACGUUGCUCCUUUAUCAGGCCUCACGCGAUCUCGAACAUCUAAUGAUAAAGUAGAUUUAGCCUUCGCUGAGUCUACUUUACCAGAGCAACAGCCAACGGAGGGCGCGUUCUCCACGAGAGCCAAUGAGAAUUGAACCUCAGAAUCACAUCCUCCUCAUUACGCGUCGCUCCCACUUGGGCCACAGCUACCCGUUACAGCAGCCAGCGAAAGAAGGAGCAGUUUUUCUUUAUUUGU